UGUGCGUAAUAACUGUUGUGUAACGUUACACAAGCGUGAAGCGACAGCGUUAAGUAACGCUCGCUGUCGUCAUGUAGCUGAGCUAACAAUGCUAGCAGCUUCGUCAUCGCUGGUAGCAGGUUCAAUGGUCUCCUCCUUCUCCUCCUCCUCAUCUUCUUGUCUUUACUCCAGUCUCCGUCAGGUUUGCCGUCAUUUCAUCAACUAUCGAAUGGGCGAGAUGGCUUCCAAAUCCCAGAUGCCGACCCCGGAGGAAGCGCUGCCCGGACGGGCGGACCCCAUGAAAGUCUCCGCCAAACAUGAGGUCAAUGGUAACAGGACUGUUCCACCUUUUCCAGAGGGGACAGCCAUGGCCAUCUUCGGUAUGGGCUGUUACUGGGGAGUGGAGAAGAAGUUUUGGGGCCAAAGAGGGGUUUAUUCCACUCAAGUGGGCUUCUGCGGAGGAUUCACACCUAACCCCACCUACAGGGAGGUGUGCACAGGUAAAACAGGCCACGCUGAGGUGGUGAGAGUCGUCUUCCACCCAGAGAAGAUCAGCUACGCUGACCUGCUCAAGGUCUUCUGGGAAAACCACAACCCGACUCAAGGGAUGCGUCAGGGGAACGACAUCGGGACGAGUUACCGCUCGGUCAUCUACACGUUCACAAAGCAGCAGCUGGACGAAGCGCUGGCCUCCAAAGAUGAAUUCCAGAAGGUUCUCACCGGCGAAGGAUAUGGUCCAAUCACCACGGAGAUCGCAGAAGCUCAGCCGUUCUAUUACGCCGAGGACGAUCACCAGCAGUACCUGAGCAAGAACCCAGACGGAUACUGUAGCCUGAAAGGGACCGGAGUCUCCUGUCCAAUAGGAAUCAAGAAGAAGUCGUAAAAAAAGAGUCCAUGAGGUCCGAGAGGAACCUGCGGUCAGAAAAAAAACCGUAAUCAACUGAGGCUAGUUUGUGUUUUCAGGUUCUUCUCUGUCAAACUGCCAAACAUUUAUUGUAAUUCACAUUCUAAAUCAAAGAAUCAGCUGAUUUAACAAAUGUUUGACUGAUUUCAUAUAAGACUGAUUUCACUGCCUGUUAAUCGUCACAACACAGUAUUUAUGAUGCUUUUAGGUUAAAUAUAUAUAUAUAUAGAGAGAGAGAGGUUAUAAGAAUAUACAGUGUCUCAACCUACAGACG